CAAGCCCUCUAGACCUGUAAUGGCCACAAAGGGAAGGCCCAGAGAGCUAUUGGGAGGUGCUGGCCAGGUGCAGGGGUAAACUAUUCUUUUCUGCCCAGAGAAGGUGGGAAGGAAAGGGCAGAGAGGCGUGGUUUAUGAUCUCGCCCAUUGGCAGGGCCUCCACCCCUGGGAGGAGAAACCCUGUUGGAGGAGUCCAACAGGUCUGAGGGUAGCUGGGAGCCGAAGAACCUCUGUUUUAUCGGUCAGCUGCUUGCUUGGGGAUCAGACCUAACCAACACCAGCCUGAAACACCAGAAGCUGACACUCUGCAGAGACCCAAGUGAAAUUUACUUCCAGUGGGGUCAGCAAGCCAAGAGGUGUGGCCGGAGGUCAGUGCUCCAGUGAGUGGGUUGGAGACCAGGCCCUGUGGGUCACACUGACCUUCAACACCCCCAGCUACCCCUGCUGUCACCCUGGAGUCCUCAUCUAAUUCUGACAUCUCUGAAGGCCCUAUGCUGGGGUCUAAUGACACCAACUCUGCACCUACCAGUUCACCUUGGGCUUCUCUGGGUUCUGAGCACCUGGACCUACUGUGCCAGCUGCCAGCAGAUGAAGGGGAUGACUUUAGGGCCCCCCAGGGUGCCAGAACUCCAGACAGUGAUCCCCUACUAGGAGCCAGAGACCUAAUUGGUGUUUGGGCCUUGCCAACCGUGGAGAAGCAGGAAAAGGGUGAGGGGCAGGCAGAGGAGGAGGAAUGCCCUAUCUGUACUGAGCACUAUGGGCCUGAUGAGCACUGUCUGGCCUUGCUGAACUGUGGUCACAGCCUGUGUGCGGGCUGCCUGCAGCAGCUGCUGGGCAUGGCCCCCAACGCUGACCUGGGCCGUGUGUGCUGCCCACUGUGUCGUCAGAAGACACCUAUGCUAGAGUGGGAGAUCUGCCAGCUGCAGGAAGAACUGCUUCAAGCUGAUGGGCCCCAGCGCCCAUUGCCUACCACACCACCCCAACUCCCACACCGUCAGCCUGGGCCCUGGGGCUCCCUAGAGCACCGCUACCAGCUACGCUUCCUAGCAGAGCCUGUGGGUGGCCGGGGCUGUCUGCCUUUCCUGCCCUGCCCUCCCCAUCUGGGCACCUGGCUGUGGACACUGCGGGAGCGUGGGCCCUGUGCCCGCCGCCUGGCACUGCUGAGCCUGCUGGCACUGGAGCUGCUGGGGCUGCUGCUCAUCUUCAUGCCUCUCAUGCUACUAGGGGUGCUCUUCAUGCUCCUGGACCGCUCCAGCCAUUGAACAGCUCAGGAUGGGACCUGAUGUCCAGGCUGGAAACCCCAUGCUCAGUCUCGUAUUCAGUAAAGACUUGCUAUCACCCUCCCCAAGACAGGCCACCCAAGAGCCUGAGCCAGCCAGUGCUCACUGCCCAGACACUGGCCGAACCCAAGGACACUAAGCCAAGGACAGCUUCUGAAGGAGGCUGGCCCACAGGAAGAGCUACAACCUUGCAUGCAUGCCACAGACACCGUACUGACCAUGAGCAGAAGCUGGCCCACACUUCCAGCUCCUAAGGUCAAGCUGAUCAGGAUGGACACAAAAAUGAACAGAGACCCAGCACCCAGAAAAAGACACAGUCUGCAAAGACUCCCUGUUCCAAACAGGUUAGUGUGUGUCCCUGAAGGCCACAGCAGUGGCUACAGUAGCUGACUUGCUGCACACACUCAGCCUUCAAAGGCUCUUCACCCAACCUAGGCUACCCACCUCACCAGUCAGGGGUCUGCACUGGUUCUGUGCUGCAAAGGACAACAGCCAACCCAGACCUUGAUGCUGCUGAUGCCCAAGCUCCAGCUCUGACUGCCAUACAACUUCACACACCUGAGCUGAGCCAGGGGCCCUCACUUGGAAGGUAGACACAAAUUUAGGCCCAUCUCAUA